AUGACCCAGAACGACACUGGUGAACAGUUGUACACGUUAGUCAAUGCGGUGUCGGGUGCGAUUGAUGAAGAAGUUGGCCUCGAGGCCCUCCCACUGAUUAACGCUCUGCUAGAGCUAGACGAAAUGUCCGUAGACGAAUUUCAUCAAGCUUUAAAGGCUGGUGCUCUAUCCGAUAUGGUGGUCCUUAGACCUGAUCUUGACUCGAACUCGUCAUCCCUUGUAGAUGAGACAGUCCUUGAGGACAUCAAAGUUGCAAUCAGUGCUCGCAGUGGAUCUGCAAUUUGGAGGAUUCUUCAGAUCCCUUCUAUCCUUUAG